UAGUGGCUGCUGUUCAGCACGUGACUUUCUGGGUGUUUCUUAAAGCCGCUCUCACAUGAUCUUGUUGUCAGUCUCUCUGCUGUAGCUGUGGUGAUAAAGUGUUAAAAGGAGAGCUAAAUUAAUCACACAGCUAGCAUACAAAGAUAACAAGUUUGAACUUACAACCAGAAACGUCAGUGGUUUUUGUUACAAAGAACAGUACUACAAACCAGUGGGCUUGAGUUUUAUUUUGCCUUUGCUGUUGUUGUUACGCUGACGUUAGCCUAGCUAGCCCAACAUCUGCUAAGCUAGCUAACUAGCUAGCCGCGUCCAGGCUGUUGUUGUGUUGUUGUGAUUUUGUCCUGACAAGAAGCUGUAGAGGAACCGGAGAAACAUGAAGCAGAUCAGAGGUGUCCAGUCAUGGUGCCUAGGAGUAACGUUACAGUUGAUUAUUGCUGCCGUCCUGCACCAGGGUUUUGCUACUGUUGCGCCGCCCACAGCUGCACCGUACAAAGACCCUGGCAGACCUGAGAAAGGAAACUACCAGGUCAACGGCACCAACGGUACUGCCUGUUUACUGGCAUCCAUGGGUCUCCAGCUCAACAUCACCUUCAACUCUGUCUCCCAGAAUAAGACUGUGCAGGAUGUUGUGAACAUUCAGCCCAAUGUGACAAAGCAGUCCGGGUCAUGUGACCCAGACAACUCCUCUCUGAGUCUGUCAACGGAUGCAGAGAAGACCAACCUUACCUUUUUCUUCACACUGAAUACUACGUCCAAUAAGUACCACCUGAGUGAAGUUUCUCUGUCAGCAGCCUGGCCAGACAUGAAAGAGCCCUUCUCAACCCAUAACCACAGUCUGGACUACCUGCAGGGCACCCUGGGGUACUCAUACUUGUGCCGUGAGGAACAAACUCUGAAUGUGGACCAGUACUUGUCCAUCAACAUCUUCCAGGUGCAGGUGCAGCCUUUCGGCCUGACCAAAGAUCAGUUUGGAGCAGCUGAGGAAUGCCAGUUGGAUGAAGAUGACAUGUUGAUCCCCAUCAUAGUCGGAGCGGCUUUAGCAGGUCUCGUCCUCAUCGUGCUCUUGGCCUACCUCAUUGGCAGGAAGAGGAGCCACGCUGGCUACCAGACCAUCUGAGGUCACUUAACACUCCCAGAGGGUGCUGUCCCACCCAUGAGAUUAACCACUGUUUUAUGAGACUUAACACUCCACCCUGUCCCCCUCUAUCUCUCCAUCACUCAUCCUCCCUGCCUGUGUGUGUGUGUGUGUGCUGUUCUUUGCCCUCAUCAGUAACACUAGUCAUUAUCACUUGGUGGAGGUUGAUAUGCUCAUUCUGAACUGACCCUUAUUUAUAAAAUAGGGGCCUUGUUUGAAGAUUGUAAAGAAAUGAGGAAAGAAACGUGCUGGUACUAUGUAAAGCCGGGCAUGGAUGUGGAUCAGAGGGUUCAUGAGAGUUCUCAAAUUGUAUUGUACUAUUUAUGAUUUCUAUAAAAGGAACUUUGAGGGAUUGUGGGAGUUGAGGGAAUUGCUACUGUAGCUUUUCGUAUUGUUUAUCUGCUUUAGGGUGACCAUUUUUAGUGGUCUUGCCCUUAAUGAAGUAGUAUAAGUUAUUAUAAAGGGAAUAUUUCUAGCUCUUUAACUUAAUCCACUUCAGACAGUAAGGAUCUGAUGUUUUGUUUUGUUUUUAGCCCAAGUAUGCAGAUUUUACUUAACAUACUAAAAACACCGUAAACUAAUCCUAAAAACACAGUAAACUAAUCCUAAAAAGGAUAUGUGAGGAGUCCAUUUUAAAGUAAAGAUGCAUUAAGGAAUUUAUUUUGUUCACUGGGAUUAGUGAUGAUAGGAUUCUUUCCCUUUUUAAAUGUACUCAGUACAUUAUGUAUGGAGGCUUUAGAUGCAGUUGUCAGCUUUGUAGGAUAAUUUGUUUAGGAUUUUUCACUUAAUUUAAAGGAAUAAUUCAACUAUUAGGGAAAUAUGCUUAUUUGCUUUCUUGCCGAGAGUCGGAUGAGAAGAUCGAUACAACUCUCGCUAAAUGUGAAGCUACAGCCAGCAGCAGGUUAGCGUAGCAAAAAGACUGGAAACGACUAGCAUAGCUCUGUCUAAAGGUAACAAAUCGGCCUACCGACGUCUCUAAAGCUCACUGAUUUACAUGUUAUAUCUCGUUUGUUUAAUCCAUACAAAGACCAAAGUGUACCACGUUUGAAAUAUUUCGGCACGUAACCUCCUUAAAAACACAACGUGAAGUUUUGGCAUUUCAGUUUUGGUAUUAAACAAACAAGAUAUAAGAUGUUUAUUAAUGAGCUUUAGAGGUGCUGGGAGGCAGAUUUGUUACCGUUAGACAGAGCCAUGCUAGCUGUCCCUGUUUCAAGUCUUUAUGCUAAGCUAACUGUCUCCUGGCUAUAUUUUCAGAUUUACCAUACAGACAUGAGAACUCUAGGCACAUGUGAAUUUCCCAAAAUGUCAAAACUAUUUCUAAGUGAUUAUAGACACUUUCUGGGUUUCUGCUGUUACAAUGUUCACACGCAACAUAAGUUGCUUAAACAAAAAACACUACUGUUGGCUUAUGUGGAUGAAAAAGCUCAGGACAUCACUGUAAGGGUGUAAAAGUGUUACAGUCCACUGGGUGGUUUUGUUCGUUUUUCUUUUAUUACCACACGGCUAGGCUGUUUGUUUUAUUUUUCCCUUAAUAUGGGCCCACUUGGGAUUUUUUUUUUUUUUCUGAAGGGAAAUAAGUUGCACUAAAUUUCUAACAAAAAGCCCCAUGUAAUGAUUUAAGUGGCCAAAAUGCUCUGGUUAGUGUUCAUCAGUGCCUUCUCAGCUGUAACAUUGAUGGGGUUAAAGUAAAGCCAAUACCAUAGCGGUCUCAUUCACUCACACUGUGACACUGUGUGCUGCCAUGUUUGGGACAUUUGUCUCACUCAUAGCCUUCAUGUACUGUUACUAGCAUAAAUAUGCAUUUUGUUAGAUGUUGUUGAAGAAAAUAUUUGUUUUUGUAUGUUUGUUUUUUUUGUUCUUCUCCCUCAUCUAAAUAUCCAUGUAGUCAUUUAAUCAGGUUUUAAUGGUUUGUUUGAACUGUUUUCUAAAGGAGUAAAUAAAAUGGAAUGAACGAGA